UACUCAGGGAGAGAACAGGUUUCUGUCUAUGCUGCUUAAUUUUGGAGCUUAAAGUUCAUUUAUUAGGAAGAUAAUACCUUAAAGCAAGUGACAUGAUGUGGGUCCAAGGUGAAGCAGAAGAGUCUGAUGCAGAGAGUGAUUUAUCCUCCUCCUCCUCCGAAGGAGACUUUCAGUAUGAGCUCCUGGAAAAGCAGAGGGAUGAAGCCAAUCAAAGACUGUCUGAGAUGGAGGAAGUCUCCAAUCAGCUUUUGAAAGAGAUUAAUGUACUGGAGCUCCAGUUCCAGAUAGAGAGGUCAUGCAGGGAGAGCGCUGAGGCUCUGGCUGUUAAGGUAACCAAAGAGAACAAAGUCCUGAAGAGGCAGAGUCAGAUGCCAGUCAUCCCUGAAGACAUGCCCAUUGUGACCUUUGACCCAGGUCUUGACCCCACACUUAACGGUGAUGUGAUUGAUGUUGGUGAGGGCAGUAGUGGUGAAGAGACGUUGCUCCUGGAGACCCAAGCCAAGAUUGCAGAGCUGCAGGCAUCAGUGGAUGGUCUGUUGGCUGAGAAGAUGCAGUUGGAGGAAGAAAAAGAACAUCUGACCAAACAGCUGGAUCAGCUUAGGGAGCAACUCGUACUGGAGGUAGAAGAGAAAGAGGCCUUACUGCGGAAAAUGAACAAACAGAGCAAGACCAUGAAUAAAAUCAAACGAGUCUCUCAGCUUGUCACAGAAGAGUUUGCAGAAAUGUCUCAGAGACUGGAGUUGGAGGAAGGCCUCCGGCAGCAUGCUGAAGACUUUGCCCACCAGGUGAUGGAACAGCAGAUGGUGGAAAACACACCCAGUGUGAUGCAGAGUUCAGAGACCGGCCUGCAGCUGCAGCAGACGCUGCAGCAAAUCAGCGCAGUCCUGAGUGACAUACAACGCCACUACCAGGACCAGGUGAAACAGAGUCAGAGCUCAGUGGAAGACAGCAGUGUCCUUUCUGAGCUGCAGAGCCUGAAGGAGCAGGUGGAGAUGAGUGAGAAGGAGAGAAAGGCCUUGGAAACCCAGCUGUCCGAGGCUAACGGCACCGUCGCACAGCUGCAGGAGGAAGUUAAACAGUUACAGGAAACACAGAACAGGGAGCAGCCGCCUGAUGAAGAAGUGGAGAAAUCCCCCCCUCCACCUCCUCCACCUCCUCCACCACCUCCACUACCUCCACCAGCCCCCACUCCUGUCAUACAUCCACUUGAUUUCCUGAGGAGCAGGAGGAAAGAUGGAGCCAGUAAAAGUGUGUCAAACACACCUGCGUUGGAUCCAAGGGAAAAAGCGAUAGAUGAAAUGAUGGCGAGAAUAAAAAAAGGUAUAAUCCUGAGGCCCACCAAGAAAGUACAGGAGGAAGACGAAAGUUCAUGGACAGAUCAGAGGAGUGAAAACAGAAAAUCAGCCAUUCUGGAGUUAAAAGGAAUGCUGGGCAACAUUAAAAGUCAGCACCACCGCAGAACGUUGUCCAGGAGGGGGAUCGGCCGAAAUGUUGGGGAGACCGAGCUCCUACUUGUCCUGCAGAGGAGGAGGAGAGCAAUAGGGGAUAAUCAAGACACAUCGUCCACAAACCAAAAUGACGACCUCCAGCCAGGAGCAGUGUGCAUCCCAGCUGUAGGAGAUGCUCCCUGGGCAGACGAGAGCAGCGGCGCUCCUGUGCUCCGCAGACUGAAGCAGAACAGGGAGAAGAGAGACUCGCGCAUCAGAGCGUCGGCGCUGAUCAUUAACCAAGAUAACUGCGAGCAGUCAAAGGGCGACACACCGCUGUAAAGGCUGUUUAAUAUGAUGAUUCAGUGCAGAUGCAGGUUUUUUUUGUGGAAACAUAAUUUCAGCUUCUUAACAAAGGCCUCACCAAAUUAAAUCUAUGCCUGCUUCAGAUUAUAAUAUCUCAAAACUACUGCAAUAUAAUGUGGUUUCAUGUAUGAUUGAACACCUAUGAAAAUAAAAAAAAGUGACAGAAUAAUUACUUUUCAUUGUAAAAAAGCAAUUGAGUUACUUUGUCUGUCUUGUCCAUAUGUCUGUUGCUUUUUCUCACCAUUAGACUGCCUUUUCCAGCUGGAAACUGUGCACUCUUCUGCACCAAAGUCCAUAGAGAAAACCAGCGUUUUUAGCCUACAGAGAAACAGAAGUUGCGGGUCUACUGCUGCCUUGUUUGGUAAGUCUGUGUCUCUUUGGUAAAUUCAAAUGAAGGAUUUCAAGCACCAAAGUCACAAGAUAACAAAUAAGGUAUUUCUGAUUAAGGCAGCAGUGGAUCAAAAACUCCUGCAUGCUGUGAAACUUUAGUUCCCAGCCUGAAAAGGCUGUCUAAUGGUGGUAAAAAGCAAUGGACUCUAAUCAAUUAGACUUAAUUAGACUUAAUAAG